GACGCCGAGGCCGCCACCAAGCGCAGGAAGGGGCCGAAACGCAUGCAGAGCCAGCAGCCCGCGCAGCCGGGCGCGCCCGACUACGACAACCUGCCCCCGGACUACUACGACUACACCGAGUUCGAGGACGGAGAGGGGAGCACCGCGGCUCCCCAGGGGCCGGCGCCACCUGAACCCGUGCCCACACUGCCGCCCACCCCGCCACCGGUGACCACCCCGCAGCCUUUGGACGAGAGGCCGACGGAGUCGGACCUGAGGACCGCGUCGUCAGGCAGCACUCGCGGCCCAGUGUACACCUCGCCUUGGACACCCGCAUGGACACCGACGCCGUCUCCGUGGACGCCCACGCCCACCCCGUGGACGCCCAGGUUCGAGCUGACGACGGAGCGGACCACGCCGCAGCCUGCGUCCGAAGUGGAGGGGUCGUGCACAUUCGAGGGCCGCUGGUACCGCGAGGGCGAGGACUGGAAGCCGGACGCGUGCACCACGUGCGUGUGCACCGGCAGCAGGGUGCAGUGCGUGCAGAACGGCGACUGCAACGCAGGUCCCCACUGCACCGGCGUCGUCUGCGUGGACCUGGACUGCGACACUCACAAGUACAUCCCGUUGGGGCAGUGCUGUCCGGUGUGUGCGGAUGAAGUGACGGCGAGACCGGUGAGCCCCUUCACCCCGACGUACCCGCCGCCGCCGGUGACCGUUGAGGGCGCCAGGGGUGAACCCGGAUACCGCGGCGAGCCCGGCCGGCCCGGAGACAGCGGCAUUCCUGGAACGCCGGGGUCGCCUGGAAUCCCAGGAAGCCCGGGCCCUCCAGGACCAUCUCCGGAUCUGACGUCGUACUACCAGGAGCUGGCGGCGCAGGCAGCUGGCAGCGAAAAGGGCCCCACGGGAGUCGCCAGCUACCCGGACCCGUUCCGCUACCUGCAGGCCCAGGUGGGGCCCGUGGGGCCGCGGGGGCCGCCCGGGCCGCCAGGGCCGGCGGGGCCUCAGGGCUUCCAGGGCAUCCGUGGCGAGACCGGCGAGCAGGGCCCCGGAGGACCGCAAGGACAGGCCGGGCCCAGAGGGCUGCCAGGGCUGCCCGGCAAGGACGGCGAGGCCGGCGAGGACGGCGAGGCGGGGCAGGCAGGCCCGGCGGGGCCCCCCGGUCCGCGGGGGCUGCCCGGCAUGCCGGGGCUGCCUGGCACCAAGGGCCACCGCGGCUUCCCAGGACUGGACGGCGGCAAGGGCGAGCAGGGCACGGCCGGCGAGAAGGGCUCCAUGGGGGCGGCGGGGCCGCUCGGACCCCCCGGUCCGACGGGCGGCGCUGGUCCGCGGGGUGAGCGUGGCAGGGAGGGGCCGCCGGGCCCCCCUGGCAUCAGGGGCAUCGACGGCACAGCGGGCCCGCCAGGCCAACCGGGCGGCGUCGGCAAGCCAGGACCACCCGGCUUCCCCGGCAACCCCGGCAACAAGGGUGACCAGGGAUCGCAGGGGCCGAAGGGCAGCCCCGGACUGCAGGGACCACGCGGCGAGUCGGGGCGUCCCGGCCAGCCGGGCGACACGGGGCCGCAGGGCGCCGCCGGCAAGGACGGCAGUGCCGGCGACAAGGGCAGCACGGGGGCGCCGGGCAUCGCGGGGCCGCCAGGGUUCCCGGGGGCGCGCGGGCCGCCCGGCCUCAACGGCAGUCCCGGCGAGCCCGGAGUGAAGGGCCUGCCGGGCACGCCCGGCGAGCGCGGCUUCAAGGGCGAGGCGGGCAUGAAGGGCGAGACGGGGGCGUUGGGGCAGCGGGGGCUGCCCGGUGCGGCCGGCCCCGAGGGCAAGCGCGGCAAGCGAGGCAUGCGAGGCCCCACGGGGCCCAGCGGGCCUCCUGGCGAGCGGGGCGUGGCGGGGCAGCGGGGACUGCCCGGGCCCGACGGCGCACCCGGCCCCAAAGGACAGUCCGGCGACCGCGGAGCAGCGGGGCCGCAGGGCCUGAAGGGCGCAUCCGGAGAGCCAGGACGCCCCGGCACCCCAGGGCUGCAGGGCUUGAGAGGAGCGGCUGGAAGGCCGGGACCCCCCGGGAAGACAGGCAACCCCGGCGAGCGCGGCAUUCAGGGUGCGGAUGGAAAACCCGGCGAGCAGGGACCUCAAGGUUUGCAAGGUUUGCCAGGGUCCAUGGGCAUGCCUGGCGACAAGGGACUUACGGGCGAGGCGGGCAAGGACGGUGAGCCGGGUCCUCCCGGCCCCCAAGGACCUCGCGGCGAUGCUGGCAAGGAUGGUGCGACGGGCCCCCAGGGCCCCCCUGGUCCCCCCGGAUCGGACGGAGAGAGAGGCCCCCCAGGGCCAGCCGGGCCGACCGGCUUCCAGGGACUGCCAGGACAACCCGGCAACGCGGGCGCUCCGGGCAAGGACGGCGAGGCCGGCGUGCAAGGCCCUCCGGGACCGCCCGGACAGGCCGGCUCCAGGGGCGAGAGGGGCUUCCACGGCGAGCGCGGACCCGUCGGCCCUCCAGGGACUCCAGGGCCGCGCGGCGAGGCUGGGGCUCAGGGCGCGGACGGCACCCCCGGCACGCCCGGCGCCAAGGGCAGCAAGGGCCACCAGGGUCCCAUGGGUCUGGUGGGCUUGCCUGGAGGCCGCGGGCUGCCAGGACUUCCAGGAGACAAGGGCGAGCGCGGUGCUACCGGUCCCAUUGGCCCUGAAGGACCCGCAGGCCGUGCCGGCGAGCGGGGCCCGCAGGGCAUUCAGGGAUCCCCGGGACCCCCCGGAGAGCCCGCCGAGCGUGGAGAGACAGGCCCGCCCGGCCCUCCCGGCGAGUCCGGCGCGGCUGGCUCCCCGGGCGAGCGCGGCGCGCAGGGGCUGCCGGGCCCGCCGGGCUUCCCUGGCGCGCAGGGCCUCGUGGGGCUGCCGGGCGGCAAGGGCGAGCGAGGCCUGGCCGGCAUGAAGGGCGAGCAGGGCAACCCCGGCGCCGCGGGCGUGCCGGGGGAGGCCGGGCCGCCGGGACUCGUGGGGCUCACCGGCGCCAAGGGGGCGCGCGGCGAGACGGGGCCGCGCGGGGAGAGCGGACUCAUGGGUCCGCCCGGCCGGCCCGGGGAGCAGGGCGCCGCGGGACAUCCGGGCAACCCUGGACCUGCGGGAGUGGCCGGGCUGCCUGGCAUCAAGGGCACGCCCGGCGACGUCGGCCGUCCGGGCAACCCCGGGCCGCAGGGGCUGCAGGGCGCACCGGGACUCGAAGGGCUGAAGGGAGACGCCGGGUCUGAGGGCCCCAUCGGGCCCGCUGGACAAGCAGGCCCUCAGGGCUCGCCAGGUGAGCGCGGGCUGCCGGGACUUCCAGGGCCCACGGGGCCCACGGGGGCGCGCGGGCUGCGAGGGGCACAGGGCGAGGCUGGACCGCAGGGCAAGCCCGGCUCCGAGGGCGCCCCAGGCCCCAUGGGGCUCAUCGGGCCGCCCGGGCCACCAGGCCCCACCGGGGAGCACGGGCCCGAGGGACCCCCCGGCAAGAUGGGGCCGCCAGGCAUCAGCGGCAGGCCCGGCGACAAGGGACCCAUCGGCACGCCCGGCGGCCCAGGCAACCCCGGCUCCCCCGGCUUGCCGGGCCCACCAGGACAGCAGGGACCGGCCGGCACCCCCGGCGAGAGGGGCCUCCGCGGCGAAACCGGGCCCCCGGGCGCGGACGGGCAACUGGGCCCGCGAGGCAAGGCGGGGCCCCCGGGACCGGAGGGCGGCAAGGGCGAGCGCGGCGAGCUGGGCCCCAAGGGCGCCAAGGGACACCGAGGACUCAUCGGGCUGCAGGGCCUGCCGGGGACACCCGGCCUCAACGGCGAGCGCGGCCUGAUCGGGCCGCAAGGGCCCCCCGGCAAGGACGGCGAGCCCGGCCAGAGAGGAACCCCCGGCCGCGACGGCAGCCCCGGGCCCAUGGGCUUGUCCGGGCCGCCUGGACCCAGAGGCCCUCCCGGUGACGGCGGCUCGCACGGCACCCCAGGUAACCCUGGCCCGCCAGGGCCUCCGGGACCUCCUGGCGAGACCAUCGGCUACGACGCGGCGGCGCUGGCCGCCAUCAUGGGGCAGUCGCAGAGCAAGGUGAGCGGCCCGGACCCACUCAUGGGCGGCGACGAGCCCCCCAGGAUCUUCGGCAAGGAGCUGACGGAGGCGGAGCGGCGGGACCUGCUGCUCAAGGCCUACAACCACGUCAAGGAGUCCCUGGAGAGGUUCCGCCGGCCGGACGGCAAGAAGGACGCCCCCGCCAGGACCUGCCGCGACCUGCACGUCGCGCACCCCGAUCUGCCUUCGGGCGAGUACUGGAUCGACCCCAACGACGGCGACCCGCGCGACGCCAUCCUGGCCGUGUGCGACAUGGAGCGCAGGGCGACGUGCGUCACCCCGCAGCCGGACCGGUCGCCACACGUGCACUACCGCGGCGAGGAGCAGGAGGUGUGGCUGGGCGACAUCCCGGAGGGCAUCAAGCUGACGUACAAGUCGGACAGCAACCAGUUGGGCUUCCUGCAGCUGCUGUCCACCACGGCGCAGCAGAACUUGACGUACCACUGCAAGGGCUCGGUGGCGUACCACGACGCGGCCAAGAACACCUUCCGGAAGGCCGUCAAGUUCCUGGCCUACAACGACGCCGAGAUCACGGCCCGCGGCAACCAGCGGUUCCGCUACGAGGUGCUGGAGGACGGCUGCAAGCACCGCAAAGCCGAGUGGUCCAAGACCGUGAUGACGUACCGCACGGACAAGACCAGCCGCCUGCCCGUCCUGGACAUGGCCGUCAAGGACGUCGGCAAGGAGGGCCAGAGCUUCUGGCUGGAGGUGGGCCCCGCCUGCUUCUGGUAGCGCGGCCUGCGGCCUGUGGCUGAGGGCGUCUGCUAACGACUGACUAGCAAAGCAGACCAAGAACCACUCAAAUUUUACACUGACUGCACUGCCGAAUGUACUUUAUUUCAUUUUGAGAUAGUUUUAUGUAGUUUGUAAGAAACGAAUCGAUACUGCCACUAAAUUAGGUUUAAUUUAUAGUCUAUGUGAAAAAGGUGAAACUUCUCCUGUCACAGAAUGUGUCAAGUAUUUCGAACAAUAUUGAAGUGAAUUUUAUACAA